GUGUGUGUGUGGCGGGUGGCUGACAGCUGGGCUCGCCUGCGCUCCAGCUCCAGUCUGCUAAGAAGCUUCAUCCCCAAAUAGGAUGACCGUCGGCGGCUGUCGCGGACGAGCCUGCGCGAACCUCAGUGACCGUCGCCACAACCGGGACUCCCCCUUCACUACUCCCUUGGGACACUUUUAGAACCUCCCGAACACAUCGGCGUGUGUUUUUUUUCUUUCUUUCUUUCUAGUUCUGUAGUGUGGAUUUCGAGAUGGAUAUUCCGAUUUGAGCGCCGCGCGCACACACGCUGACGCACACACAAAAAGAAGAGACGCGCGAGAGAAAAGUAGCGCUCGUUUUGUUGUGAGUCGUUGCGUUAAAUAAUCACAUUUUAUGGAUUACUAAUAGACAAGAGUCGAGCAACCGCUACGAGAUCCGUCCAUUCAUGAGCUGAAGGCUGAGCUACAUCUGCACCAGAGAACCAGCAGCAGCAGUAGCAGCAGCAGUAGAGUUGUGCGACCAUGAGGUCAGAGGCCUUCCUCCUCUGCUUCAUGCUACUGCACAUAGCUGGAGCGGGCUUCCCCGAAGACAGUGAGCCUAUAAGCAUCUCUCACGGCAACUACACAAAGCAGUACCCGGCCUUUGUUGGCCACAAGCCUGGCAGAAAUAGCACGCAGCGGCACAAACUGGACAUCCAACUCAUCAUGAUCAUGAACAAGACUUUAUUCAUCGCCGCCAGGGAUCACAUAUACACAGUGGACACGGACGCCGCCAUGAACGACGAGAUCUUUUUCAGUAAGAAAAUGACAUGGAAGUCCAGGCAGGCUGACGUGGACACAUGCCGAAUGAAAGGGAAGCACAAGGAUGAGUGUCACAAUUUCAUCAAAGUCCUCCUGCGGCAAAACGACGACGCCCUGUUUGUUUGUGGGACAAACGCAUUCAGCCCCUCGUGUCGAACGUACAAAAUGGACACCCUGGAAGCUCUCGGAGAGGAGAUCAGCGGGAUGGCUCGUUGCCCUUAUGACGCCAAGCAUGCCAACGUCGCCCUCUUUGCUGACGGCAAGCUGUACUCGGCUACGGUCACCGACUUUCUGGCCAUCGAUGCGGUCAUCUAUCGUAGCCUUGGAGACAGCCCGACUCUACGUACGGUUAAACAUGACUCCAAGUGGCUAAAAGAGCCCUACUUUGUGCAGGCAGUCAAUUACGGAGACUUCAUCUAUUUCUUCUUCAGGGAAAUUGCCAUGGAGUACAACACGAUGGGAAAGGUGGUGUUUCCUCGUGUGGCGAGGGUUUGCAAGAAUGACAGAGGCGGCUCACCCCGCGUCCUGGAGAAGCAAUGGACAUCGUUCCUCAAAUCCCGCCUGAACUGCUCCAUUCCGGGCGACUCCCAUUUCUACUUCAACAUCUUGCAGGCAGUAACUGACGUCAUUCACAUCAACGGGAAGGAUGUUGUGAUGGCCACCUUCUCCACACCGUACAACAGCAUUCCAGGCUCGGCCGUGUGCGCCUAUGACAUGGCGGAGGUGGCCCACACUUUCACGGGGCGCUUCAAAGAGCAAAAAUCCCCAGACUCCACCUGGACGCCUUUUCCUGAAGAGAAGGUUCCCAAGCCAAGGCCUGGCAGCUGUGCCGGUAGUCCAUCUACGGAGAGAUACAAGGUCUCCAAUGAGUUCCCCGACGACACUCUUAACUUUAUCAAGAUGCAUCCGCUGAUGGAUGAGGCGGUGCCUUCUAUUGCCAACCGGCCCUGGUUCCUCAAAACCAUGGUUCGCUAUCGCCUGACACGCAUUGUGGUGGACAGUGAAGCGGGCCCCUAUAAGAACCACACUGUGGUCUUCUUGGGAUCUGAGAAAGGCAUCAUUCUCAAGUUCCUCGCUAAGAUGAACAACGGCUUCCUAAACGACAGCUUGUUCCUGGAGGAACUCAACGUCUACAAUCCUGACAAGUGCAGUACAGACGGUGUGGAGGACAAGCGCAUCGUCAGCAUACAGAUCGAUGCUAAGGGUCACGCCCUGUGGGUGGCGUUCACUUCCUGUGUGGUUAAAGUGCCUCUGUCUCGCUGCGAAAGGCACGGAAGAUGCAAGAAGUCCUGUAUCGCCGCCAGGGACCCUUACUGUGGUUGGGUGUCGGAAGGAGCAUGCAGCCAAGUGAUUGAGACCAAAUCCGCCUUUGAGCAGGACGUGGAGCAUGGUAACACAGAUGGCCUGGGAGACUGCCAAAAUACCUUCGUGGCACUGAAUGACGUUCCUUCCAGUUAUAAAGGCCGCCAUCACCGCCAUCACCACCACACCCUCGCACUCCCCACGCAGGCCCUACCAGAGGCCGCCGAGGGCCCCCUAGGGCGGGGCCGCAUGGUGGAGCGCAAGGAGCGCCCCAUGAGUUCAGAAACAGGGGAGGAGCCCUACAUGGCCGUACCCUCUCAGACUCAGCCCGAAGCCGAUGGUGUGAUCCGUGAGAGCUACCAGAAGGGCCGCGACCAGCUGGUUCCCGUCACGCUGUUGGCCAUCGCCGUCAUCCUGGCCUUCACCAUGGGCGCCAUCUUUUCCGGCAUUAUCGUUUACUGCGUGUGCGACCACCGGCGGCGGGACUUGGACCUGCCCGGCCGCAAAGACAAGGAGAACCACCACCUCCACUCGCGCCGGGGCUCCAUGAACAGCGUGACCAAACUGACGGGUCUGUUCGAGACGCAGGCCAAAGACGGCCGACCCGAGGCCAUACUCACGCCGUUGAUGCACAACGGGCGACUGACGCCCAACGCGAAGAUGCUGAUCAAAGCCGAGCAGCACCACCUCGACCUCACCGCUCUGCCGACGCCCGAGUCCACUCCCAUGCAGCCGCGCCGCAAGCCCAGCCGCGGGAGCCGCGAGUGGGAACGCAACCAGAACCUCAUCAACGCUUGCACCAAGGACAUGCCGCCCAUCGGCUCCGCCGUCAUCUCCGACCUGCCCCUCAGGGCGUCCCCGGGACACAUCCCCAGCGUGGUGGUGUUGCCUCUGCCGCAGCACCAGCACCAGCUCCCUCCUCACCUGCAGCAGUCCUACCAGCAUGAGUACGUUGAGCAGCCUCACCCCAGCGACCUCGGCAUGGGCCUCAUGGACGACCAGGGCGCCACGCUGGAGUACAAGACGGUCAAAAACCCCCACCACAAUCUCACCGUGGUGGAUCCGGACGGGGUGCUGCCACCCCGCGUGCCCCAACGAGAGGCUUCGCUCACCGUUCCCCCCGCCGUGCCGCAGAUGGGCAAACGCCUGGAGGUGCACUCGUCCGUCUACGGCCUCCGGAAAGGCUCAUCGUCCUCCGCCUCGGGCUCGUCCGGCCUCAAGAAGCACAACACCAACUCGUCCAACUCCUCCCAUUUGGCGAGGCACCAGAGCUUCAACCGCGUGGAGACGCCGCCCCCCGCGCCGCAGCGGGUGGACUCCAUACAAAUGACAGCGCAGGGCAUAUCUCUGUCACGGCAGCCAUCCAUGAGCUCUUACGGUUCGCUGCCCCGCGGGGGCGUCAAGCACCUCAAGCCCGACAUCCCCCCAAAACCAUCCAUGGUGUCGCUCUCCACAAAGGUCAAGUCCAGUGACGGCUGCACAUAGUCUGACGGAGACCAUUGGGACUACUUGAUCAGUCCUUUGUUGGAUGUACAGUACAAUGGAUAAUCCGGCACCGUCUUUUUUUUUGUUUUUUAUGAAAACACUUUCUUUUAUACAAAUAUGUAAAUAACAUCCGAGCCGGGGAACGCUCGCUACUGAAACAAAAGAAGACCCCGAUGAUUUGAUCUGUGUAGCAUGGUGAAGUGGGGGCUUUCUUGAUCUCUUCAAGGACAAAAUGAAGUCGGGUGGUCGAGGAAUGGCCGGGGCGAAGGUUUUGGGGCAUACAGUACAUUGAGGUCCAGCUGACCCGGAGACUGAAAAGUCAGCUGACUACUGUGAAAAGCCUGCAAGUGUUACCGCAAUCACGUCGCCGCCUGGACGGGCCUGGACAAAGAAGACUCCUCCCUUUUCACUGAACACUUGACUGUUAAUACUAAUAGCUCGUUGUAUUUAUUUUUUAUGAGGUGCUUUUGAAGAGAAACAAAAGACUUUUUAGGCUCAACAAAGAGAGUGGGCAUAUGAUCUUUUUAAUAUGAAUUAAUCAAGUGUGAUUUAAAAAAAAACAACAACACCUAUUUAAAGUCAGUAAACUGGAGCCAGUAGAUUUUUUUUUUAAUCACGAUUUAAGGUGAGAAGGAGAAGAUAUUUAUUUACAGUGUGCCACGAUGGACUUUUACUGUCACAGACCAUUUUUAAUUCAAAAGGAAUAUUUGCCCCUUUUCACUCGUCCAAUCAGCGCCGUGUUUUGUGUGCGCGUGUUUGUGUGUGUUUGUGCGUGCGCGUGAGUCAGUAACGUCGCUCCUGAUUGGCCACAUCAUAUAAAGAAACACCACCAGUGAUCAAGAUUUUUUUUUUCAUAAACCCCUCCCCACAUGUAAAUUUGUGCCUUACACCCUGAAGUAGUGACUGUUUUCUUCGAUGGCUGUUAACUUGUAGUGUUUUUACUCUUUGUUUCUUUUUUCUUACAUCAUGUUGCCCUGAUUUGAUAAAAAUGCAAUUAAAGAAUGUAGGUGUAAUUGUUGUAAUUCUGCUCCCCUACACAUGUACACACACAGACACACACCCACACACAUUUAUGUUGUCGCCUGUGCCAUCAAUGAGCGUCUUCUGUUGUGUCCACUGAGACGUCGUCAUUGUUGUUGAGUGUUUUUUCCCGCCCCCAUUUUUGUGUUUUAUACAAUUGUACUUUUCUGGUGGUACGCCACACCGCAAAGGAAGGCUGCGAGAUGACCGACUGACUGAAACUUUCGCUCUGCUAGUGCGCCGGUAGCGGUUAGCAUAGCGUUAGCGACCCAAGCUAACCUGGAAGUGACACCGGAAGGUGCUUCUUGGCUUCUUGCGUCGUAUUAAACAGGCUGGUUCCUGUGAAGACACAAUGACAAAACGUGAACUAAUAAUAAUGAAAAAAGCGCCCCAUUUUGUAAGGCAAGUUUGUAGUUCAAUGUUAAUUAAUGUUACGUUUUUGAGGACACGUCCCCACACUUAAAUCAACAAAGCACUCCUUUAUAGUGUGAUAUGUGUAGAUAGAUCAACAUUUUAUAUUGAACAUUUGUUUGUUUGGUUGUUGGUUGUUUUUUUCAUUUCUUAGUUAAGGGAAGCCAACUUUGUCGCAAACCACAGCAAUUAGAGAGAGACAGCACUUGGCACGGGAAUGCUGCAUUCAAGGCUGCUGGGAAUUUGAAAUCAUUCCAAGACUUGUCAAUGUUUUUUUCUUUUCUGAUCAUUUCAAAAUGCAUUUAACCAAAUAACUUACUUGCGAUUGGCUGACAACCAGUCCUGAGUGUACUCAACGUGUCACCAAAGUCUGCUGAGAUAAGCUAAGCUCCAGCUCAACGAGUGAAUACAGUUUUCAGUCUUUCUUGAAAUAUCCAACAUCCCAGUUCUCUUGAAUGCAGCAUGCUACAGCUUUGCAAGUUCCUGUGCCCCCCUGACACAAACGAAGUUCAAAAUGUUUGGAGUGGUCACAUGCAGAAUGUGAGGAGAAGAGAAUAUGUUCCAAUGUGCACAUUCUGUAUAAACAGCUGAAUCUAGUUCAUGGUCCAAUUGGUGCAAGUGUUUAAGGCUGCAAUGGCCAGUGAAGUUCUCUGGUGUGUGUGUGCCUUGUCGUCUCUCACCCAUCCCUCAAUAACACGUGACGCGAGAAGCGAAGCGACCAAACGAUGACGUGACCUUUGUAAGCUUGUAAAAUAUUGUGACGUCACACGUUUUUUGCCCUGUACUCUCCACCUCCUUAACAUCUGAUUCACAGCUUAAUGUAUGUUGUAAAGAAAUUUUUAAAAAACACUUUAAUUUAAUGCAAAAUGUAAUUUAAAAAGAAGAAAAAAAAGAAAAUAAAAUUCUUGUCAUGAA